AUGGAUGACUUUGAUUUUCCACGUAAACCUUCAUGUAUUACUUUAUCGAAUCUUGCAGAAGAUGUUAUUAAAGCCGAAAUUGAUAUCGUUAAAGCAACUGCUAAUAUUGCUAUACCAUUAAGUGAAUGGCGUCAAAGAUUCUGUAGACUUUGGCGUAAUUAUAAAUGGCGUAUGAGCCAUUACUUUUAUCUGCAUCUAUUUGUUUUCUUUUGUAAUACACUUAUAUGUGGUAUUAUUGUUUGGAGUAUUGAACAAUAUAAAAUUCCUUAUAUUGACUGUUGGUUUAUUAGCGCAACAUGUGUAUUCACAUGUGGUUUACAAACAUAUGAUUUUGCAUUAUUCAGCCGAUCAUCUCAAAGUGUUUUACUUUUCUAUACAUGGAUAUCUGGUAUAACUGUUAGUACAAUUCCAGCCAUAUUUAUCAAACUUUAUCGUGUUAAAAAUGAAAUCAUAAGUUCCGAAGAGUCCGUAAGAAGACCAAGUGAUAUUGAUGCUUUACCUAUACAACGAAUGGUUCCUAAUGAAAGUAUGGAUUCCGAUAUGAAUGAACGUAUUCAAUCAUUACCAACACCUCAUCAUCUUCGGGUGACUGCUUACAUUUUAAUGGUUAUACUUAUAUUAUCAACUUGUUUUGUUAUUUAUUUGGCAUCGUUUAUUGCUAUGGGUAUUUGGCUUAAAUAUCAUUAUGAUCCUAAAGAUCUAUUACAAGGAAAUCAAACUAUGAAUCCAUUUUAUGCGUCAAUUAUUAUUACUAUAACAGCAUUCAAUCAAAACGGUUUAUCACCUUGGACCAAUGGUAUUGGUUUAUUUGUUAAUGAUGUAUUUAUGAAUAUCUUUAUAAUCAUUAUUGUUAUGUCAGGUACUUCAUUGUUUCCAGCUAUAAUUCGUGGCGUUGUUGUUUUAUUUAAAACAAUUGUACCCUGGCAUUACAAAAUAUAUUUUGAUUAUAUUCUAUUAAAUAACCAUCGUUUGUCUGCUGUUAUUUUUCCAUCGAUUCAAACACGACUCUAUGUUACUAUUACUAUUUUAUUACAAAUACUGGGUGUUGUUGUUGGAUUAAUACUUGAUUUUCAUAAUCAAAAUUUAGCGCAAUAUACAGGUGGAACACGAUUCAUGAUAUUAAUGCUUGAAACAGCCAAUACGCGGUUUGGAGGUUAUGCGACGAUUGAUCUAAGUUUACACACACAGGGUACAUUGAUUAUAUUUGUUUUAUUAAUGGGUGUGAAACCGCAAAUGUUAUGUGCUAUUGAUGAAACGCCAUUUGAAAUGGAAUGGAUAUUAAUUCAAACGCAACAGAAAUUAGAAAAUAAAGUUUCAAGUAAUAAUCGCCGCGGUAGUAUUCAAAUAUUUUUACCAUUUAAUCGUAUGAAACAUUAUUUAACACGGCAAGGUUCAUUAACAAGAGCGCAAGCAUCAAGAUAUUUUUCUUCUAUGACACGAAGAACUGAUGCUUCUGAAGCGAUCAAUCAAUUGAAUGAAAAACGUCUUCAACAUCGUUUAAGUGCGUUAUCAUUAGAUUUUCAAAAUCGUUCAAGAGAUGAUAUACGUCCAAGCAUUGGAUAUAUUUCAUUUCUUCGCAUGAAACUUUUAUUAAUUAUUUUCUGUCGUCAUGCUAUUGUUAGUUUAUUCAGUUUAUUGGUAUCUACACGUACAUGGCUAUUUAUAUUUAUUUUUCUUAUUUGUGCAUUCGAUUCAUAUCAUAUGACACCUGUUGAUAUCAACAUAACCGUAUUUCGUGUGAUAUUCGAAGUGAUCAGUGCGUUCGGUGGUUGUGGUUUAUCUUUAAGUCAUCCAAAUGUUACAUCAAGUUUUGCUACAGUACUGACAGUACCAAGUAAAAUAAUUCUUAUAUUAACAAUGUGUAUGGGUAGACAUCGAGGUUUACUUGAUUCAAUGAAAGAUCAAGAAGAAAUUGAAUAUGGUGCGCAAACAUUAAUUGACAGCUGGAAACAAUUGGCUGUAUUAGAACAACUAGAAAAUACGAAAUCAUUAACAACGCGCCAUUAUUUAUCUGCUAUACAAGUAGGGGAACCGACUCCGCCGCUUAUUACUAAAUUUUAA